CAGAGACACGGAGACACAGAGACACAGAGACACAGAGACACGGAGACACAGAGACAGAGAGACACAGAGACACGGAGACACAGAGACAGAGAGACACGGAGACACGGAGACACAGAGACACGGAGACACGGAGCAGACCUCCUCUCAGUGGUUCAGUGUUAGUUAGUGUGUCUGUAGUUAGCCGUCAGCAGGUGUGUCUGUAGUUAGCCGUCAGCAGGUGUGUCUGUAGUUAGCCGUCAGCAGGUGUGUCUGUAGUUAGUCAGCAGGUGUGUCUGUAGUUGGUCAGCAGGUGUGUCUGUAGUUGGUCAGCAGGUGUGUCUGUAGUUAGCCGUCAGCAGGUGUGUCUGUAGUUAGUCAGCAGGUCAGCAGCUGAGUGAUGGCAGCUCUGAAGUUCGCCGGGAUGGACGACACAGACAGUGAGGAUGAGUUGCCUCCUGGCUGGGAGGAGAGGUCCACUAAAGAUGGAUGGGUUUACUAUGCGAGCCAUGAUGAGAUGAAGACACAGUGGGAGCACCCCAAGACAGGGAAGAAGAAACGUUGUGCUGGAGACUUACCGUAUGGUUGGGAGCAGGAAACGGAUGAGAAAGGACAUAUCGUUUAUGUUGAUCACAUUAACAAGCGGUCCACAUACUUUGACCCGCGGCAGGCGUUUACAGUCGAGGAUGUGGUGGUGAAGCCGAAGCGGUACGAUGGAAACACCGCGGCUCUGGAGAUCCUGCAGGGGCGAGAUUUCUCUGACAAGGUCGUCCUCAUCACCGGAGGCAACUCUGGCAUCGGCUUCGAGACGGCCAGGUCGUUCGCUCUUCACGGCGCCCACGUGAUCCUGGCGUGUCGGAACCUGUCCCGGGCCGGCAAGGCGGCGAGCCUCAUUCAGCAGGAGUGGCACAAAGCCCGAGUAGAAGCCAUGAUGUGUGACCUGGCCUCGCUCCGCAGCGUCAGAGAGUUCACUGAGUCUUACAAGGCCAAGAAACUGCCGCUUCACAUUCUGGUGUGUAACGCCGCGGUGUGCACGCAGCCCUGGAGCCUGACGGAGGACGGCCUGGAGUCCACCUUCCAGACCUGCCAUCUAGGUCACUUCCUGCUCGUCCAGGGCCUCCAGGACGUGCUGCGUCGCUCAGCCCCCGCCCGCGUUGUGGUGGUGUCUUCUGAAAACCACAGGUUCACAGACCUGUUUGACUCGUGUGCCAAGGUGGACUUGGCCCUGCUGUCUCCCCAGAAGAAGGACUACUGGUCCAUGCUGGCUUACAAUCGGGCCAAACUCUGCAACGUCCUCUUCAGCAACGAGCUCCACCGCCGCCUCUCUCCUCACGGUGUCACCUGCAACGCAUUGCAUCCUGGGAACAUGAUGUACACCUCCAUUCACCGGAGCUGGUGGCUGAUGACCUUCCUCUUCACUGUGGCCAGACCGUUCACCAAGUCUAUGUCAGUCAUUCAGCUCCUGCCUCCGUCACUGCUGCCACAGGAGUGUGAAGGAGGGACCAACGAGCUCCACCAUGACAACGCAACGAGCUCCACCAUGACAACGCAACAAGUUGAACAAAGUCAUCGUUCAAACUUUCAUUCAAAAAAAUAUUUUUUUUUUUUAAUUUUGCACGGCUGCUAAUCUGCUGCCUCCUCU